AUGACCACAAGCAUUCUUGGUCUGCUUAAUUCUGGCAGCACAGCAUUCGAAAACUUCACCAAGAAGAUUUCUUUCAUACAAUUUCUCAUUGAAAACUGUCUCAAGAUAUUUGGAGAAAGUAUCACGUCUCUCUUUGGACCGAAGUCAGUGUGUUGUGAUAACAGUGAUAGCACUGACAUCACUGAUAACAGUGAGAAGGUUGCAGACAAGAAGACAGUUAGCAAGAGUUCUGUCAAAACCUGGGCCUUUUGGUGUAGCUCCAGGACUCGCGAGGACAACCAACACCCACCUCUACCACCCACAAAGCCAAAACAGCUCUUUGGAGCUCCUCUUGAGGAUGUAUGUGAUAACGACAGCCUGCCCACCCCAAUUCUGGAUAUGCUUUCCUUUAUCAAUAAAAAAGGGCUGUUUACAGAAGGCAUCUUCAGAAAACCUGGCAAAAUACAAUCAUGCAGAGCCCUAAAGAAGAAACUAAAUUCCGGGGACAAAGUGAACUUGGAUGAUGAAUCCAUUCUUGUGGUAGCAUCCACCUUAAAGGAUUUUCUUCGAAAUAUUCCAGGAGGCAUAUUUUCAGCCACUCUCUAUGAUAAAUGGCUUGAUGUUAUUGAUCAAGGGAAUGAGGAGGAGAAAAUAACUGCGACCCAGAGGCUUCUAGACCAGCUGCCAAGAGCCAAUGUAGUUUUUCUGCGAUACCUUUUUGGAGUGUUACACAACAUUGAGCAACAUUCCUCAUCCAAUCAGAUGACAGCUUAUAAUUUAUCAGUGUGUAUAACCCCAAGCAUUCUUGGUCUGCUUAAUUCUGGCAGCACAGCAUUCGAAAACUUCACCAAGAAGAUUUCUUUCAUACAAUUUCUCAUUGAAAACUGUCUCAAGAUAUUUGGAGAAGAUAUCACGUCUCUCUUUGGACCGAAGUCAGUGAGUUGUGAUAACAGUCAUAUCACUGACGUCACUGAUAACAGUGAGAAGGUUGCAGACAAGAAGACAGUUAGCAAGAGUUCUGUCAAAACCUGGGCCUUUUGGUGUAGCUCCAGGACUCGCGAGGACAACCAACACCCACCUCUACCACCCACAAAGCCAAAACAGCUCUUUGGAGCUCCUCUUGAGGAUGUAUGUGAUAAUGACAGCCUGCCCACCCCAAUUCUGGAUAUGCUUUCCUUUAUCAACCAAAACGGGCCGUUUACAGAAGGCAUCUUCGGAAAAUCAGGCAAAAUACAAUCAUGCCGAGCCCUAAAGAAGAAACUAAACUCUGGGGACAAAGUGAACUUGGAUGAUGAGUCCAUUCUUGUGGUAGCAUCCACCUUAAAGGAUUUUCUUCGAAAUAUUCCAGGAGGCAUAUUUUCAGCCACUCUCUAUGAUAAAUGGCUUGAUGUUAUUGAUCAAGGGAAUGAGGAGGAGAAAAUAACUGCGACCCAGAGGCUGCUAGACCAGCUGCCAAGAGCCAAUGUAGUUUUUCUGCGAUACCUUUUUGGAGUGUUACACAACAUUGAGCAACAUUCCUCAUCCAAUCAGAUGACAGCUUAUAAUUUAUCAGUGUGUAUCACCCCAAGCAUUCUUGGUCUGCUUAAUUCUGGCAGCACAGCAUUCGAAAACUUCACCAAGAAGAUUUCUUUCAUACAAUUUCUCAUUGAAAACUGUCUCAAGAUAUUUGGAGAAGAUAUCACGUCUCUCUUUGGACCGAAGUCAGUGAGUUGUGAUAACAGUCAUAUCACUGACGUCACUGAUAACAGUGAGAAGGUUGCAGACAAGAAGACAGUUAGCAAGAGUUCUGUCAAAACCUGGGCCUUUUGGUGUAGCUCCAGGACUCGCGAGGACAACCAACACCCACCUCUACCACCCACAAAGCCAAAACAGCUCUUUGGAGCUCCUCUUGAGGAUGUAUGUGAUAAUGACAGCCUGCCCACCCCAAUUCUGGAUAUGCUUUCCUUUAUCAACCAAAACGGGCCGUUUACAGAAGGCAUCUUCGGAAAAUCAGGCAAAAUACAAUCAUGCCGAGCCCUAAAGAAGAAACUAAACUCUGGGGACAAAGUGAACUUGGAUGAUGAGUCCAUUCUUGUGGUAGCAUCCACCUUAAAGGAUUUUCUUCGAAAUAUUCCAGGAGGCAUAUUUUCAGCCACUCUCUAUGAUAAAUGGCUUGAUGUUAUUGAUCAAGGGAAUGAGGAGGAGAAAAUAACUGCGACCCAGAGGCUGCUAGACCAGCUGCCAAGAGCCAAUGUAGUUUUUCUGCGAUACCUUUUUGGAGUGUUACACAACAUUGAGCAACAUUCCUCAUCCAAUCAGAUGACAGCUUAUAAUUUAUCAGUGUGUAUCACCCCAAGCAUUCUUGGUCUGCUUAAUUCUGGCAGCACAGCAUUCGAAAACUUCACCAAGAAGAUUUCUUUCAUACAAUUUCUCAUUGAAAACUGUCUCAAGAUAUUUGGAGAAGAUAUCACGUCUCUCUUUGGACCGAAGUCAGUGAGUUGUGAUAACAGUCAUAUCACUGACGUCACUGAUAACAGUGAGAAGGUUGCAGUGACAACAGAACAACCUCUUGAAUCCAAGCCAGUGAGAGUGACAGUGAUUUACAGAAAGGCACAACUGCAGUAUAAUGCCAUGACCUCAUCAAGGAUGGGUCCAUCCACUGACCUGUCUACAGUUUUCUAAGUUCCUGAAGAUUACAGUGCCCAUAAG